CUACAACCCAGACCAAUAUCAAACCUAUCAUCUGCACUGGAAGCCUCUGCCACAAUCAAGAUAAUUUCGUUCCUGGGCACCCCGUUCUCCGUGCGCAGCGGCGGACAUUUGGCGAAUCCAGGUUGGGUGAAUACGGGUUGGACGAAUACCGAUACCGGGAUUGUUAUUUCUGUGAACGAAUUGACACAGGUAUCACACAGUGCUGAUAAGACUGUUGCAAGUAUUGGUCCUGGGAACUGGUGGGGUGCUGUAUACGAAGAGCUGGAACCAUAUGGAGUUGGUGUUCUCGGGGGAAGGGUUCCCAACGUUGGAGUUGCGGGAUUGGCCCUUGAUCGUAAGUGUCCAGAAUCUCCUCGAUAAAGCGAAGCCAUUAGCCAAACACAAAGCCAGGUGGGAUAUCUUACUUCACAAACCAUUACAGCUUCGCCCUUGAUAAUAUCAAAAACUUCCAAGUCGACCUCUCCACCGGUGAUAUCGUAGAUGCAAAUCUGGAUGAAAACGUAGACUUAUUCUGGGGCCUUAAAGGGGGUCUGGAAAUUUCGGUAUUGCCACAAGAUUCGACCUA